UGGUGGUUUUUGUGUAAGAGCUGCUGAUAGCAAGAUGUCUUCAGGAAAUGCCAGAAUUGGGCACCCUGCCCCCAACUUCAAAGCCACGGCUGUUAUGCCAGAUGGUCAGUUCAAAGAUAUCAGCCUGUCUGACUACAAAGGAAAAUAUGUUGUGUUCUUCUUUUACCCUCUCGACUUCACCUUUGUGUGCCCCACGGAAAUCAUUGCUUUCAGUGAUAGGGCAGAAGAAUUUAAGAAACUCAACUGCCAAGUGAUUGGUGCUUCUGUGGAUUCUCACUUCUGUCAUCUGGCGUGGAUCAACACACCCAAAAAACAAGGAGGACUGGGAUCCAUGAACAUUCCCUUGGUAUCAGACCCAAAGCGCACCAUUGCUCAGGACUAUGGCGUCUUAAAGGCUGAUGAAGGCAUCUCGUUCAGGGGCCUCUUUAUCAUUGAUGAUAAAGGUAUCCUUCGGCAGAUAACUGUAAAUGACCUCCCUGUUGGCCGCUCAGUGGAUGAGACUCUGAGACUAGUUCAGGCCUUCCAGUUCACUGACAAACAUGGGGAAGUGUGCCCAGCUGGCUGGAAGCCUGGCAGUGAUACCAUCAAGCCUGAUGUCCAGAAGAGCAAAGAAUAUUUCUCUAAGCAGAAAUGAGCACUGGGCCAUUUUAGGGCCAGGCUGCAGUGGGCAGCCGUAACGAAACUUCUUUUGUUGUACUAUUGUCAUGCUUAAAAUACAAGACCUUAGACUCAACCCACAUAUGAUAAUGGGACAGGACAGGCUUUUCCUGCAGGGGUUGGGGAGGCCAGCCUUCCUUCCUCUGGAGGGAAUGGCCUGAGUUGUGCUGCGGGGCAGGCCAACUGAUGUGUGCAGUAGUGGGGCAUCACUUUUGAUCUUUUGUAGUUUCUAUUAAACUUGAACUGAGA